AUGCAGAACCUCCAAGCGGCGCCGUACCUGGAGGCGAGGAAGAAGCUCCGGUCAGUGCUCCCUCGCCGGAAGCGACCUCAGAUCUCUCCGGUUCUUUACUCGCCUCUGAAGCACAAUGCUCGCAACGAGACCUCCGGUUUCUCUGGUUUCUCUGUGAACUCGACCUCGUGUUUCUACUUCGGCGGUGAAGUUUCGUGCGAGUCGAGCAGAGUUUCCGUCGGAUCUGAGACCGAGGCAAGGUCUGCUUUGAGGAAGAGGCAGUUCGAUGAAACUGAAGGCUCCGGAGCUGAGAAGUACCGCGACGCACCUUAUCAGAGAACUACGAGAUCGUAUUGUGGAGGAAAGGCGGUGAAGAAAGACGGCGAACCUGAGGUUUCUGAAUCCUCGUGUGUGGAGUCUAAUUCCGGAGCUGGUUUUGGAGGCUUCGCAGAGAGAAAUUUGAAGCUGAAGAAGGAAAUUGGAGGAAAUGAAGGCUCUGAAGCCGUUACUAGAUCGGAGAUUUCCGAAUGCGAUAAUGUUUCGCUUGGAUUGAAGGAAAACGAAGUCACUUCAUUCAAUUCUGGCGUCGAAUUGUGCUCUGAAGUCAAACUCGCAGAGAAAACGGCCAAUGAUGGUGGAGCACCGGAAUUUGAUUUUCCUGCAAUUUCGGGAAACUACUUCGCCGAGAAUUUCAUCGUUUCAAACUCUGAGUCGACAAUUGACCAGAGGCCGGAGAGCUUUCCAAUCGACUCUGACCUCGCUUGUAAGGAGCAAUUCUCUUACGACGACGUUUCAGAGUACUCUUCCAGUCAGACGUUCUCGGAGCUCCAAUCGGAUAUUUUCGACGUGCAUUCCGAUCUCAAUCUCUCAGAGUACACGCCGUCUAUUUUCUUCGAUUCUGGAAGCGAAUUCUCAGAGCGUUCGGAUGAAGAUUCAACUCCUUCACUUACUUUCACCUUGCUCCUCCAAUACAGAGAAGGAUUUUCGAGAUCGAGCACUGCUUCAUGUCUCGAUGAUGCUUCCCGCGUUAACGAAGUGUGUAAAGAUCAAUCGACAUUUCUUGAGUUCGAAGACGAGGAGGACGAAGAGAGCUAUCAGCUGCUGAGGAAAAGAGAGAGGAUGCAAGUGUAUUUGCGAGACUACACGGAGGACUACUCUUCCACGACGGAGUGCGGCGAUGUUAUCCUCCAUCAACGGUGGCAAAUGGUCCGUUGGAUCAUCGAGCGGUCUACUGAAACGGAGCUACAGGCGGAGACGAAGUUUUUAGGAGUAAGCCUUCUUGACAGAUUCUUAAGCAAAGGAUAUUUCAAGAACAAAAGGACCCUUCAGACUGCUGGAAUAGCCUGCCUCACACUGGCUGCAAGAAUUGAAGAAAACCAGCCCUACAACUGCGUGCGGAAGAAGAAGUUCUACGUAGGAAGCAAUAUGUACAGCAGAUGUGAAGUGGUGGCAAUGGAAUGGCUAGUUCAGGAGGUCCUCAGCUUCCAGUGUUUUCUCCCCACCAUCUAUAACUUCUUAUGGUUCUAUUUGAAAGCUGCUAGAGCUGAUGGACAGGUGGAGAAGAGGGCCAAGUACCUGGCAGUGCUGCAGAUGCAGGACCACGGCCAACUUCGUUACUGGCCUUCAACUGUUGCAGCUGCUCUUGUCAUCCUGGCUUCUUUAGAAGGCAAUCGUGAUGUGUCCCGCCAACGAGUAAUAGAGACUCAUGUGAGAACAGAAGGUGAUGAUCUACACGAAUGCAUAGAGAGCCUAGAGUGGUUGUUAAAGUAUGUAUGAGAGCAUCCUAGCAGGUAAAGGAACAUGUACAUCACCUUUCUGUUUCUGAUUUCCUACUCAUCUAAAGACAUAGACGGAAGGUAGAUCGAGCUGAGCCUUCUAAAGCCUGAUCAAGAGGUAAAACGAAUCUGAUUCUUUUGUCAAUCAACACGACACUGCGGCAACUUGUAAUCACUCCAUAAAAAUAACUGAAAUUGUACCUUCUAAAUUGUUGCGAAGGACCACACGUAAACUGUAAGACCUUCUGCUUGAAAAGCUUGU